GCAGCCCGGGUGACGAAGAUGGUGCUCAUCAAGGAAUACCGUGUAGUGUUGCCGGUGUCUGUCGAAGAGUAUCAAGUAGGGCAGCUGUACUCUGUGGCUGAGGCCAGCAAGAAUGAGACGGGAGGAGGAGAAGGAAUUGAAGUACUGAAGAACGAACCCUACGAGAAGGAUGGGGAGAAGGGACAAUACACACAUAAAAUAUACCAUCUAAAGAGUAAAGUCCCAGGGUACGUGAAGAUGAUUGCACCAGAGGGAGCAUUAGUUUUUCAUGAAAAGGCCUGGAACGCCUACCCGUACUGUCGCACCAUUGUGACGAACGAGUACAUGAAGGACGACUUUAUGAUAAAGAUUGAGACGUGGCACAAACCUGACAUGGGAACAGUAGAAAAUGUCCAUGACCUGGACGAGCAGACGUGGAGGACUGUGGAGGUGGUUCCCAUAGAUAUUGCAAACAAAGAAGAAGUGGCGUCUGGGGACUAUAAGCCAGAAGAAGACCCCGCUCUUUUCCACUCUGCCAAGACAGACAGAGGACCUCUGGGCCCUGAAUGGAAGAACGAGCUGAAGACAGACUGUCCUUACAUGUGUGCGUACAAACUGGUCACCGUCAAGUUCAGGUGGUGGGGUCUGCAGACCAAAGUGGAAAACUUCAUCCACAGGCAAGAAAAGCGUAUUUUCACCAACUUCCACCGCCAGCUGUUCUGCUGGAUCGACAAAUGGGUGGGUCUGACCAUGGAGGACAUCAGGCGGAUGGAGGAGGAGACUCAGAAAGAGCUCGAGGAGAUGCGUCAGAAGGGAGAUGUGCGAGGGACCUCUGCAACAGACGAGUAGAGGCCCGUCACUGUAGGUCAAACACUAGAGGCAGGCUGACUGCGUAAAACAGGUCCGAUUCGAGGCACCAGUGCUGCUCAUGAGCAAUGAGGCAAAUCAACCAAACCCUGUCACGAUGAUGUCAUCCGAGACACGUCCACCACGAUGAGGAAGUGGCCCUGACGUCGCCUCUUCUCUUCCUGUCUCACAUGAUUCAUUGGGGGGUUUGACACGAUUGGUUAACAGUACUGUACAGAUCCUACCCCAAUCACAAGCCUCCUGUUCACCCCGAAAAUAAAAAAACAUGGUUUUGCAUACAUUUAAAAAGAAAAAAGAAAAAAAAAAACUCUUUGCACAGAACGUUAAUUGCCUGAUAUGUAAUUGUUAGUUUAUUAUUACAAUGGGCUUUGUUUUUAUUCAGGUGUGUAAACCGUGACUCAGAAAAGUCAAGCCUUUUAAAUUAAUUAGAAUGUUGUUUUUAGCGAAACAGAU